CAAUAUGGCAGCCCCCUGCAAUUUCGCCCUCAUCGCCGUCGAAUCCUCCCGAUCCGCCCCGGGGAUGGGGAGCUUCUCCUGUUUCCACCACGGCGACAUGGAGAGGCGGUCUACCCUCGACGAAGGCGCGCUCAAAAAGUGGUUCGAGAACAGCCGCGCGCGGAUCGACGAGUUCUACGAUGAGGCGGCGCGCCGGCUGCCCCUCAAGGAGAUGCCGGAGCUGGACGGCUGCAUCUACGCGGGCGGCCUCUGCUUCGGCCUCGCAGACCCCGUCACCAACAUCAUCCUCAACGCCGUCGGCCUGCUGCUCCACGACCAACAAGGGGAGCACCCGCCCCCACAUGGGAGGGUCCGCGUGUACGAGGGGUGGCGGGAUGUCGUCUGGCGAUCCAUCGACGGCAUCGCCGCCUUCAUGAAUGCCUACUUCCGCUACCUCAGCACUGACCAGGCCAAGCGCUACCUCUACCUGGCAUCCCAAGACCUCACCCUCGCCAUCAAGCUCGUCCACCACGACAGAUUCGCGCAAGGAUCCUCGAAUCAACGGCGACCUUUGCUCCCAGACGGCGGCAAACUCAAGGCAGCCCUCAGGUUUGCCGCGCUCAAAGCGCAGCACCCGGCGCCCGACGUCCUGGCGGGGCUCAUGACGGCGGAGUACCCCCGUGACACGCUCGCCCCUGUCCUGUUCAAGCUUGGAAAUCAGCAAGGUGGAAAGGAGCAGCUCACCACGGACGACGUCUUGGAAAUCAGGGACCUUCUGGCACACCAAUGGCCGCCAACUCCGCAGCCAGCCAACAUAGAUUUCUGGUGCCGUCCAAAUGGCCGCACUUGUACCCGCCGCGGCGACGAUGGCGUGCUUGUGAUCUCAAACUCCCUCGGGGAGGACCUUGUCGCCCAAACCUCUAUCGUGACAACCCGCGAUUACUUCCAGACUCAGCAGCAAAACUACAUCUCCGACUUGGUAUUCUGCUGUGAGGACAUGGAGACCAAGCUAUCCAGAUGUCUCGAGGCAUCAGCACUCGCAGCUUCUGCCAUGGCAACAGAGGUGAACUAUGAUGUCCCCCCAUGCGAGCACAUAAUAUCCGUGAAGAUGUGCCUGCUCGACACCAUCCACGCCUUGUACAUCAAGGCACUUGCCACACUGCCCAGCAAGCCCAGCCUCCUCCGUGCUCUCCUUGUCGCUGGACAUUGCUACGGCCUCAUGGACCCCGUGUCCAACAUUAUCCUCAACUCAUUCUGGUACGAUGUGGCCUUCCCACUUGCACGGGGUGUUGAAGUUGAUUUACCUCAAGGCAUCCUCGACACCAGACCCAUGGCCCGCUUGGAGUCCCGUUCCCUCGAUGGACUUGUGGCCAUGGUGCAGGGCACCUUCGGGUCGAAACACCGUGCUUUGGAGUUCCUUAGCUCUUUGGACUGUGACUUAACUAGAUCAUCAUAUCUUGGUCGUCCCAUCAUAAAGAUAGCACGCAAUGUCUCUUUUGCUGCUGUGGCCGAGAUUGCCAAACACCCCCAGCACACUGCGUUUGGAUCAUUCCUCAUGUCCCUGUCGCCAGAGAAGAUCGGCCACCUUCACUCCUUGAUCUCAGCUGCUCAUUGGGACCAGCUAAUCAGAGUCCUCAGCAAUGAAAUGUACAGUGUAUGGCCUGUGUCAGUGCUAAAGGAGGAGGAUUCCUCUCUCGUUUCUCCAUUUGUGUCAGCGCGGAUUUCUGGAAAGAGGUUGGCGUUCAUAAGGAAUCUGGACUUUGUUCACACCGAGCUGAAUAAAGUGCUACGCAAAUACUGCAAUCAGCAUCCUUGGGAACCAAGUUACCAGCUUGACAUUAUCUGUGGAGUGACAGCAUCCAGUUCUCCAUUUCACCCAAAUUUCUAUCAUGCCAACUUUUUGGCGACUAUAAAUGAUGCUAUUGGAUCAUCCCAUGAGCGCACACUCUUCUUCGCUGAAUUCUGGGUGUCACCUUCUCGUGAAGAUGUUCAAUCGAAGCCAUCUAGCUGCUGCCCUAUAUAUGAUUACAGUGCAUGCAUUGGUCGUUGCUCCUUUUGUGAGGACGAAGGAAACAAGAUUUUGCAUCCACCCUCUGGUCAUUCCCGUGAUUUUAAUGGCUCCAUCAAUUUAUACCGCUCCGCUGUGAGGGCAUAUAAGGAUGUUUUGAAAGGCUUGCUGGUGUCAGACUUUAUUUAUUUUGAUCCUGGCAGAGAUGUUGAGCUUGCUAAGAUUAUUCAUGACUAUGAAGAUAACAAUAUUCCUGAGAUGCUGGAUACCAAACCAUCUUUAGUGUGUGAGCGCCCUCGGUUUAUUUAGUUUUACAUCUUGAGUGUUUCUUCUCGCUUGGAGAAAGAUAUUUACUAUUGAUGUGUAUCAGCUAUCACCUCUCCUUAGCUGUAGAAUUAUAUGCAACUGACGUCCUGAAUGUUUAAGUAGCAAAAUAUGGCCAAUUGUUACUGCUAUUUUCUG